AUGGUCAACCUGUACGACGGGUCAACAAAACACGUGGUCGAGCUGUCAGAAAUUACGGAACGUACGGCGGGUGAAAUCAUCGGGCAGAUUGAUAAUGAUCAGACAAAAAAUUCGAAAGUUCUUUCAUACAUGGGUCGUCGGCUUCCUGAAGACUUCCGACUGUCAGAAUUGAACCUCGCUGAAAGUGCCACCCUUCGAAUCAUAAACACGCCAGUUCAAGCUCCUGAAGAGGUGCAUGAUCGGAAAGAAAUCGAGCAAGUCGCCGGGUGGUUCCACAAAAUGCGGGCCGAGCACAUGCUUCAUGUCUUCCGCGCUUUCGAGGCCAAGAUGAAGGAGGGCACCUACCUAAAAGAACAGCUGAAAGAGAACCCGGCGUUGAGUAAAGACCCGGAGGCGCAGGCCAUACUCGGCGACUUUGAUUUGCUGCAGACGUAUUUCGAUCCGCAGAACCCGUUGGUCGACUGGCUAUCCAAACAUCCGGCAUUGGUCGUCAGCGCGCGUGCCAUUGUCAAGGCCGCUUUUGGGGCUGCAAAGUCGUAUCCCAGGGGAUCGUCUACUCUUCCGCCGGCUCCUCCCGCGGCCGCUCUUCCGCAGAUUACCAGUGAACAAUUGCGCCAGGCUAUGCAACAAGCUUUUGCCGGAGGUGUCCAAGGUGCAAAUCCGUUGGCACAAGCGUUUGCCAAUCUUUCUAACCCAGCACCGCCGGCUCCCGCUGCUCCGGAAGUCCAGCGCCCGCCCGCCCCAGAAACUUAUACUACGCAACUCGCGCAGCUCAACGAGUUUGGCUUCAACGAUCUGGCCCAGAAUAUGCAGGCCUUACAGCUUGCCGAUGGCGUCGUCGAGAUGGCCCUCGAAAUCCUGGUCGCGAUGCGUGAAGCCGAGAACGAU